CCCGUUUCAACCAGGUCUUCACUCUUGGCAUGUUCAUCAUUGAAAAUGGCUGCUAGUGUGGGCCUGGUCAACUGGAACGCUUGCUCGCUAAAGAGCAAAAUAAUUGAGCUGAAGGAUUUCCUUGAGGAGAAGGAAAUAGACGUGGCGUUCAUCACCGAAACGCACCUAAAAGCGGAGGUGAACGUCAACAUCCAGGACUUCCGCAUCGUGCGACUCGACCGGCCGACCAGGGGAGGCGGUGUGGCCAUCGCUCUUCGCUACAACAUCAACUGUCGUCUGCUUCCAGCUCAGUGUCAUCGAGGCCAUCGGUGUCGAAAUCACCACUUCGGUCGGCACAAUCGCGCUCAUCGCGGCGUACUGUCCAACGCAAGCCAAAGCCGGCGAUGGAUCAUCGGCUGCCCUUUGGAGGGACAUCGUCAAGCUUACGCGGAGGCAAGGUCAGUUUAUCAUUGCCGGCGACCUCAAUGCCAAACAUCAAGCCUGGGGCAACAGUCACGGCAAUCGAAACGGCAUCAUCUGGAGCAACGACUUGUAGGAAGGGCACUACACGAUCUUGAGCCCGGAUUCCCCCACUCGGCUGAGUCGGUCCGGUGUCCACGCAACCCUCGACCUCUACAUAACAAACCUGAGUGACCACGUCUCGCAGCCGGUCGUCUACCAGGAGCUCAGUUCGGAUCACUAUCCGGUGGUGGCGGAACUGGGCUCCUCGGUCAAUCGGCACCAGCAGUUACGGCGAAACUACCAUCGAGUGAACUGGCAGCGGUUCCAGCAGUGCGUCGAUAACACCGUCGAUUACGAGGUGCGUCCGGAGACGCCGGAAAGUAUCGACCGCCAGCUUUGCGCUAUCGAGGAGGCGAUCACGGCGGCCCGGGAGCAACAUGUACCGACGGCUCGGCAGAUCAAUGAUUUCGGAAACCCGCAUUAAAACAUCAUCGUCCGUCAGUGUUUGUUUAUAACAUUGCGUGUUCUCGACGGCUUUGGACAUCUUCGUUGGAUUUUCUACCACGAAACUCACAAAA